UAACAAUUAACUGCGCAAAACGGUUGUUUAUAAGCAACAAAUUACAAAAGGGUGAAUAAUUUACCAAAAUUUCUUUAAAAGGUGCGCCCUCUUACGUCAAUACUAUCAUGUGAUGACAGAUGAUGCAUGUGUCACAAAACUGUAUAUGUCACAAAUGUCAACACAAAAUGUAGAAAAGACAAAAGGAACACGAUUAUUGAAAUUAAGUGCCAAAAAUAAAAAUGAAAGUGGUUUGUAAUCAUAUGGAAGUAGUUCAUAUUGAAGUCAAGGUUCUUUGAAAUGCAAAUACAGACAGUUACCACAUUAAUUUGGUUCUGUGUUACUGUCCAGUACAGCUGGGCCUCAAUAUGUAAAAAUCUCAACGUCUCGCUCACUCAAAAAAUUGAUGGUGAAGGUUUUCACCGAGAAAUUAACUGGCUUUUGGAGCGGAAUAAGACCACAUUUCCAUGCAAGCUCAUUAUAAAACUAGACUUGAGUCCAGAAAUUUUCAUCAACCCUGACCAAAUCGCGGAUUUAAAUAGACUUGGGGAUUUAUCUAUAUUCAUUGAUGGUGAUGUAGAUGUUGAGGUACCUGCGCAUUUAGCCGAGAAGUAUUCUGUAUACGUGUUUGUUUCUCAAAUUGAAGAAAAGGUGUCAUUCAAUGUACCCUUUCAUUUAAGAUACCAAAGAGCACAAAUAUCAGGAGGUUUUGGGAAAGUAUUGUUAAAUAAACCUAGUAUUUUGGCUAAAUGUCCACAAAAGUGUAGCAAGACUGAAGUUGCAGCCCCUUGUGAUAUUGCAAAUAAAAACCAAUGUGUUUGGAAUAACGUAAGUUACCAAGCGUUAUUUGAUGAAGUCGAAUUACUUGUACCAGUGGGAGACUUGGAUGAUUAUCCUUUAGUCUCGGUGGUAACACUUUUAUUAGGUUGUGCAGGAUGUAUCUAUACAUUGUCUGUAUUGUCAACAACACCUUUGUAGUAGUAAAUAGGAGAAUAUACUACUUGUAUUAAAACUUGUGUAUCUCUUCCAUGGUAAAGUAAUAAAAGUAAACAGUAACAUUUA